AAUCGCUUCCUGGAAGAGGGCGGGUGGGGUCAAGGGGGGCCCAAGAUGGCUGCCCCCAUCAAGAUCACAGAGUGGGUUUCUUGCUAGAGUCUAGUUUCUGGCUGAUGCCCCUUAUUUCCCCCCCACCACAAGCUUCCCCCCGCUUUUUGCCAGGACGCUGCCUGCUGUUUUUUUUUGUGUGUGUGUGUGCCCAAUGAUCCGAGCUUCCCCUUCUUCUUCUUCUGUGCAUGCUCCAGAUCUUGCUUUAGAAGCCUCUCGUGAGCAUCCAAAACAUGCACUGACAGGUUUCCCCCUGCUCAGAACCCUCUCAUCCUUUGUCUUCCUUUGCAAACCCCGCAAACCAGGCCCCGCUUUAUGUCUCUGACCUGGCAAGCUUCUUGUGAAACUUCGUUAACUCGUUGGCAAUAAAUAUCCGAAGAAGCGAGUUGUCCUGGGAUGUUGGGAGGGGUCAUCAUGGCUGCGGCUGCUGGUGUUAAAGCGCUCCUCCGCUUAAAACCCGGCGUUACUCUCUUCUUUUCUUUAAACUGAGAGGCAGGAAGUGGGACGCAAGAGUUCGUAUAAAUAGAUUUCUACCUUAAAAAGCAAACGAACGCCAAACCAAUGGGCCGAAGCUAAGCUUCUUAGCCUGGUUCUAGAGGGCCAUGGGGAACAUGCUGUCCCCUUUGCCUGGGCUGCGCCGGGGGUCGCAUCGGAAGGAGCCGCUUGCUAACCCGGGCAGCUUCGAUGAGCUCCAUCGGAAAUGCAAAGAAGUCUUCCCCCAGCAGACAGAAGGAGUCAAGCUUAUCAUUAAUAAAUCCCUCACCAGCCAUUUUCAGGUGACCCAUACUAUUCACAUGAGCACAAUUGGACAAUCACAUUAUCAUCUCAAUACAACGUAUGUGGGAGACCAGCAGUUGAGCCCCACGGAAGCCUUCCCAACACUCAUUGGAGACAUUAAUAAUGCUGGGAGCCUCAACGCUCAGGUGCUCCACCUACUGGCUGAGCGGAUACGGACAAAAGCUGUAUUCCAGACUCAGCAGUCCAAAUUCAUGACUUGGCAGUUUGAUACCGAGUACCGGGGAGAUGACUACACGGCCACCCUGACACUGGGCAACCCUGACUUGAUCAGCGAGUCGAUCAUUGUCGUGGCACACUUCCUGCAGAGCAUCACUUCGCGGUUAGUCCUUGGCGGGGAAAUGGUGUACCACCGGCGGCCGGGGGAAGAAGGGGCCAUCGUCACGCUUGCUGGGAAGUACACAGCCCUCAAAUGGAUAGCUACCCUGAACCUUGGCUAUGGCGGGGCUCACGCCAGUUAUUAUCACCGUGCCAAUGACCAGAUUCAGGUCGGGGUAGAAUUUGAGGCCAACACUCGGCUUCAAGACACGAGCUUUGCCUUUGGAUAUCAGCUCACGCUGCCACAGGCCAACAUGGUUUUCAGAGGCUUCCUGGACAGCAGCUGGUGUGUGGGAGCUGUCUUGGAGAAGAAGCUCCCCCCUCUGCCCGUCACCCUGGCCUUGGGCGCCUUCCUCAACCACUGGAAGAACCGGUUCCAUUGCGGCUUCAGCAUCAUCGUGGGCUGAGCGCCCUGAAGAUCCAUCUCUCUCGACUGCGCCAGGCAGUAGGACUUGAUUUUGCGAAGCUGCUUGGUCAGAGGGGACCCCCGUUCUGUCCGUGUGUCUGUGUGUUUUGUGUGGGCAGAGCGGGGAACUUCACCACAGACUUCUGCAGUGGGGCAGCGAUGAUUUGGGGGGCCCCAGCAUCCUCUCAGAGUGUCUGCAUCACAGCCCUGCCUUGAGGAGGUCCACGGAUUUUUAUUUAAUUUUUUUUUUUUGCCUCCAGAAGGACAUUUAUUGUUAUUGGUGUGGCAGGGAGGGAGAUGCGCUCUCCUGCGGAAACAUGGCCAUGUAUUGUUUUCUUCCAGAUCGUGCAAGACAUAAACUCCGCGGCAGAUGUUAUGGUGUGGGUGACGGGGCAUGGGGCUCGUGGAAGGAUGGAUGCCUUCGUUUGCUGGGGCUUGGAGGAUGUCAAUCUUGGCAUUCCCUUGAGGAACUGGGAAUCGAUGCCAUCACUACGUCAGUUCUGGCCCCAAACUCUGAAUUUUGAAGAGGGUGGCAUGCAUGUGGGCAUCGUGCCACUCCCUUUGCCUGGGACUGUGACGAGGGCAAGGGGUGUGGCUUCUGUGUAGUGAUGGCUUGGAAUAUACAAUUAAAAUCAUGCUGGGGACAUCCCACCCCUC